GUAUCAGCUUCGAUCAUGUGUCAUUUGAUCUUGGAACGAUGGACACAUGAAGAACGGUCACCUGGUCGACUUUUUUGACGGUGAAUGUGCACGUAAAUGUAAGCCACAUUCACACGCACACCUGUUUCCCACAAGAACCGAGAGAGAAACCGAAACUUAACUAUUGUUGAGCUGUUUUUUGUGUCUCAAUGUGUGUACUAAAGUAAAAUGGCAGAAGCCAGCAUUUCUCAGGACCAGUUCAGCUGUUCAGUGUGUCUGGAUUUACUAAAGGAUCCAGUGACCAUUCCCUGUGGACACAGUUACUGUAUGAGCUGUAUAACCGACUGCUGGAAUCAGGUAAAAAACACGAGAGUCUACAGAUGCCCUCAGUGCCGAAAGACCUUCACACCAAGACCGGCUUUAUGUAAGAAUGUAAUUGUUGCUGAAGUGGUGGAGAAACUGAAGAAGAGAAAACUACAAGCUGCUCACUGUUGCGCUGGACCUGAAGAUGUGGAAUGUGACGUGUGUACUGGGAGAAAGUUCAAAGCUGUCAAGUCCUGUCUGGAUUGUAUGAACUCUUACUGUCAAGAUCACCUUGAACAACAUGAGAAUCAUUUUAAAGAUAGGAGACAUAAUCUGAUAGAUCCAACUAGACGACUCCAUGAGAUGCUUUGCCCACAACACAAGAAACACCUGGACAUCUACUGCCGUACUGACCAGCAGUGUAUUUGUGCAUUGAACAAUCAUAAGAACCAUGAUGUUGUUGCACCUGCAGAAGAAAGGACAGGGAAACAGAAACUUUUGGAAGAGACACAGAAGAAAUUCCAGCAGAAAAUCCAGGAGAGAGUGAAGGAGCUUCAGUUGUUGAGAGAGGCUGUGAAGACACACAAGUGUUCUGCAGAUACAGCUGUGAAGGAGAGUGAGAGAAUCUUUACUGAGCUGAUUCGAACCAUUGAGAGAUGUCGCUCUGAGGUGAUACAGCUGAUCAGAGAUCGUGAAAAGGCGGCAGUAAGUCGAGCUGAAGAUGUCUUGAAGCAACUAGAAAAAGAGAUUGCUGAUCUGAAGAGGAGAAACGCUGAGCUGGAGCAGCUUUUGCACACAAAUGAUGACAUUUAUUUCCUGCAGCGUUUCCAGUCUCUUUCUGCAGCUCCACAAUCUACAGUCUCUCACAGCAGUACAGUCAGUUCUGCCCUCUCUUUUGAUGUUGUGAGAAAUUCAGUUUUUUGGCUGAAAGAAAAACUGGAGGAUUAUUGUGGAGGGGAGAUAGAAAUGAUAUCUGAUAAAGUUACAUAUGUUACAGUAACUUCCCACAAUGAACCCAAAGCCAGGAAUGAUUUCUUGCAAUAUUUCAGACAGUUCACACUGGAUACAAACACGAUGCAUAAACGGCUCCGUCUGUUUGAUGGGAAUAGAGCAGCUACGUACACUCAUACUGUCCAGCAGUAUGCUGAUCAUCCAGACAGAUUUUAUAGCUGGAGGCAAGUAUUGUGUAGAGAGCGUGUGUGUGGACGCUGUUACUGGGAGGUUAAGUGGAGUGGAAAAUGUCUGUAUAUAUCAGUGUCAUAUAAGAGCAUCAGCAGGAAAGGAUCCAGUAAUGAGUGUGGAUUUGGAUUUAAUGAUCAGUCCUGGAGUUUGUCCUGCUCUUCCUCCGGACAUAGAUUUGGACACAAUGACAGAUGGACUGAUGUCCACGUGCCCUCCAACUCGUCUAGAAUAGGAGUGUAUGUGGAUCAAAGUGCAGGAACUUUGUCCUUCUACAGCGUCUCUGAUAAAAUGACCCUCAUCCACAGCGUCCGGACCACAUUCACUCAGCCUCUCUAUCCUGGGUUUUAUGUUAAUGUGAGUUCCCUAGUAAAAGUGUGUAAUCUAAUUAAAUAGACCAUACAAAAAUUGGACACGUAAAUUGUUUUUUUUCAAGGAUAUAGAAACAAAAACAUAUUACAAUAAAAAAACAUGAUCAUUAAAAUAAGUAAUAAUGUAAGAAUAUCGCAUGUUUGCACACUCAUAAUCAUUAUUCAUAAUAAUGUAUAAAAUAUGAUCUAAUUGAUCUUGAUGUCUACAUUAUAUAUUGUAAUAUUAUUUUAUUGCUUAGUCACAGCUCUGUCAUUCAUUGAGAUAUUUUUAAGGUUUAGAGUUCUACUAACAUUUAGAUAAAUAAGAUAAUGUUGUUUAUAUUGCUAUUUAGAACGUUAUAUAUGUCAUCUACAUUAUAAUAAAAUAUCAUGUGUAAAUGCAAUGAAAAGUAAUAUUUUGAAUGCCAUCUUUAAACCUUAAAUUGGUUUGAGGCUUCAAUCUUCACCUUUUUUUCUCUUUGGUGGUGGUUUUGGUACAAUUGUGCUUAGUUCCUUCUCUUAA